CUCCACCAAAACCAAUCUAAUCAAAAUAUAAAACCAAAUAAAUAAUAAUUUGCUUAGAGAUAGAAAACAUGUUAUGUCCGAGGAAAUUGUCCUAAAUGUCGCAACAAACGUCAAUUCAUUAAUCGUUUUGUUUAAUACAAAUUUCGACAAGAUUGUGAUAGAUCCAGAACCAGUUUAGCUAAACCGGUUGAAUCAGAAGAAACGCCAAAACCCGGUCCAAUAGCUCGACCUAACGCCGUCGUUUUCAAAGUUCCUUCACUCUACUUCCUUCUCGCUUACGUCACUUUCCACAGAUCCAACAAUGAUAUCAGAUAAAAUUAAAAUAUUCCCAAUAUAUUUUCUAAGAAUAUCUCCCUAUUUAUUUUUAUUUAUUUAAACUAUUUUAAUCUCUUCCGUGUUUCACUCUUCUCUCUCUCUCGCUUCUCUUCAUUGUUUGUGUGUGAUUACAGCGAAGAAGAGAGAAUCCUUGGAGCAUUCCAUGGAUUCGCUUCGAUUUCUCCGGAUUCUUCUUCUAUCAUCUUCGAUUUUACUCUUAUCUCUCCGUUCUACAGUCACCGCCGGUGAUAUUGUUCAUCAAGACAAUUUAGCUCCGAAGAAACCAGGUUGCGAGAAUGACUUCGUUUUGGUGAAAGUUCAAACGUGGAUUGAUGGUGUUGAGAAUGAGGAGUUUGUGGGGGUUGGCGCUAGAUUUGGGAAGCGGAUAGUUUCCAAGGAGAAGAAUGCAAACCAGACUCACCUUGUUUUUGCAAAUCCUCGUGAUUCUUGUACACCGCUCAAGAACAAGCUUUCUGGAGAUGUUGUUAUUGUGGAACGGGGCAACUGUCGGUUCACAGCAAAGGCGAAUAAUGCAGAAGCUGCUGGUGCCUCUGCUCUGCUCAUCAUCAAUAAUCAGAAAGAACUUUACAAAAUGGUUUGUGAACCGGAUGAAACUGAUUUAGAUAUACAGAUUCCUGCCGUCAUGCUCCCGCAAGAUGCUGGUGCAUCCUUGCAAAAGAUGCUAGCCAACAGUUCUAAAGUGUCGGCGCAGCUUUACUCCCCAAGACGACCAGCUGUUGACGUAGCUGAAGUCUUUUUGUGGUUAAUGGCAAUUGGUACCAUUUUAUGUGCAUCUUAUUGGUCUGCAUGGAGUGCCCGAGAAGCAGCUAUUGAACAUGAUAAGCUACUGAAGGAUGCUAUAGAUGAAAUCCCUAACACAAAUGAUGGGGGUAGUGGUGUUGUAGAGAUCAAUUCUAUUUCAGCUAUUUUUUUCGUAGUUCUUGCUUCGGGAUUCCUGGUGAUUCUUUACAAGCUUAUGUCUUAUUGGUUUGUGGAGCUUCUUGUGGUCGUUUUCUGCAUUGGUGGUGUUGAGGGUUUGCAAACUUGCCUCGUCGCGUUACUAUCAAGAUGGUUCCAACGUGCUGCAGAUACUUAUGUAAAAGUCCCUUUCCUUGGACCUAUCUCUUACCUCACUCUUGCAGUUUCUCCUUUCUGCAUUGUCUUUGCUGUUCUAUGGGCUGUAUACCGAGUUCACUCCUUUGCUUGGAUUGGCCAAGAUGUUCUUGGUAUCGCAUUGAUCAUAACUGUACUACAGAUUGUUCAUGUCCCAAAUCUUAAGGUCGGGACAGUUCUUCUCAGCUGUGCCUUCUUGUACGAUAUCUUCUGGGUGUUUGUCUCCAAGAAGUUGUUCCACGAAAGCGUAAUGAUUGUCGUAGCUCGAGGUGAUAAGAGUGGAGAAGAUGGCAUCCCGAUGCUACUGAAGAUUCCGCGGAUGUUCGAUCCGUGGGGAGGCUACAGCAUUAUUGGAUUUGGUGAUAUUCUUUUGCCCGGUUUGCUAAUCGCAUUUGCUCUCAGAUAUGACUGGCUAGCUAACAAGACUCUUAGAACCGGCUAUUUUAUAUGGGCAAUGGUUGCCUAUGGAUUAGGUCUUUUAAUUACUUACGUGGCUUUGAACCUAAUGGAUGGACACGGCCAACCAGCAUUGCUAUACAUUGUCCCUUUCACACUUGGAACCAUGUUAACGCUGGCUCGAAAAAGAGACGAUCUUUGGAUUCUAUGGACCAAAGGAGAACCAGAAAGAGCUUGUCCUCACCAUGUCCGGCUUGAACAGUGUUCUGAGAAAUGAGACGACCUGACCAAAAAAUGCAACACUGAGAUAUUUACAGAGAAAAAAAAAAAAGGCUUUGGGGGUUGUAACGUAAGUUGUAAGAUUAAUUUUCUCUUCAAAUCCUUUUUUUAAUCUUAAGUUGUUUAUGUUACUUACUUACAUCAUCAUUAUUGAAGAAGAAUCCAUGAUCGUCGUUCUUUGUCUAUAUAUGGUUUGUUUCUUUUGUAAGAAAGUGUUAAAUGUGUAUAAAACGUAGACAACUUUCUAAGCUCUCAUAAUUAAUUGUGUGGACGAUUUUGUAAUUUAAAUAAUAAUAUAUAUUCUUUUUCAUU